AUGAGAGCCCCUCCCCACCAGCUCAUUUCCGGCGGCCUAGUUGUUCCACCGUUCCCCUUUCGCCGUCACCUCCUCUCACUCGUCUCCGCCGACCCCCAUUAUGCUCUAUGCACCUUCAACAACCGAACAACGAACCAUGGAUGCUCCCUUGCCCUCGCCUUCCUCUGCCCUGUCGUCAUCGAGACCUUACAUCGCUCUCUGUCUUCCUCCCCUUCUUUGCGGGGCCACGCCGCAGACCUCCUCUGCUCCCGCCAAAGGAAGGACGUGCCUUCCUCCAAGAUGGCGGUUGAGCUAGUCGUCGAGACGUUGAUUAAUGGUGAUAAAGCCGACGGCACGAGCUUGGUCGGCGCUGUGGUCGCGGCGGCGAGGCUGAGAAAUCCUCGGCUGGGGAGGUGGGCUCAUGGGAUUGCAGUUAAGGGAUGGAUGCCCUGGGACCCACAUUUGGGCUCUGCCCUGGUUGGAAUGUACGGGAAGUGUGGCUGUUUGGAUGACUCCCACCAAGCGUUCGUCGAAAUGCCGGAGAGAAACUUGGUUUGCUGCAACGCCAUGAUGGAUGCAUUCGCGAGGUCGGGGGAGCUCGAAUCUGCAAGAAGGAUCUUCGAUUAUUUGGGUGCCAGGGAUAUUGUGUCCUGGAAUACGAUGAUCGGUGGAUAUGCUAGGUGGGGUCUUGCAGGCGAGGCCUUGAGACUGUUUCGGCAACUGUUGUUGGAGGUUGACGGGUUGGAGCCCAACAAGGUCACUUUUUUUAUUGUUUUUCUAGCAUGCACAUGUUUGAAAGAUGUCGAAUUGGGAAGGCAGGUUCAUGGCUUGGUUGUUGUUAAUCAGAUGGGUUCGUCGAUUGGGAUCUGUAAUGCACUUGUUGAUAUGUAUUCCAAGUGUGGUAGACUGGAUCUUUCAUGGCAGGUGUUCGACAGAAUGCCUGAAAGAGACAUUGUCUCUUGGAACACGAUGUUAGCAAGCUUUGUGAGGGGCAAGUGCUUUUUUAAGGCUCUCAAGCUCUUUGUUUCCAUGCAAGCGGUUGGUUUCACCAGACCCGAUGAAUUCUCUAUGGUCUCCGUGAUAAAUGCUUGUGCACUGUUGAAAGAAUGGAGUCUAGGGAAAUCUUCACAUGCUUGUAUAGAGAAGAUGGGAAUGGUAAAGGACGGUAUCUUAUGCAAUUCACUCAUUGGCAUGUAUGCAAAUUGUGGGUUUCCUGAAGAUGCACUUAAAGUCUUCCGGACGUUUCCUUGCAGGGAUUUAGUAUCCUGGAACACCAUGUUAAAUUGUUAUGUUGACAAAGGCUUUCCUGUUCAGGCAUUGUCUCUGUUCCAUGAUAUGCAAAUGUCGAAUUUCAAACCUGAUAAAAUUACCUUGGUGAGUCUGACUUCGGCAUGUUCACAGUUGGGUGAUGGGGGGGUCAGCAGAUGCCUGCAUGGCUACAUUAUCAGAACGCCGGCUGAACUAGACACCGUCGUGUAUAACUCUGUCAUAACUAUGUAUGCCAGAUGUUGCUGCCUGAAUUAUGCGUGCAGGAUAUUCCAUAUGAUAGACGUCAAUGAUCGGAAUGUGUCGACAUGGAGUGCUAUGAUAGGGGCCUUGGCUACACAUGGCAAGGGCAUGGAAGCUCUGGAACUCUUUUCUGAAAUGCGAAAGAUUGGUCCUCAACCAGAUGAUAUCACCUUCAUGGAAGUUUUAUCUGCAUGCAGGCAUUCGGGUUAG